ACCUCCUAUUCCGGGUGACUACCUAUCAUUGCAGAUACGGGGGUUCGGUUCCCCUCCUCUCUCGGGCAAAAUGGUUCUGGUGUUGCCAAGGUCGUCACACGUUGGUGGAACUAUUUUUUUUGGUAUAUCUUAUCAACUAAAAAUAGUGGAGCUCAUAACUAAAUAAAAUAAAGUACGCGAGAUUAAGAGCUUACAAGAUUCAGCGCCGGGAAUUUUUGGAGCUGUUCGCAGCCUCAUCACAGCCUCGCCUAGGAUACCGUUUUUCUCGAAUCGGUCGAGUUUCUUAUUGGUAGAAGCUCUAGCAGAAGCCGAUACAGCAUUCAGUCGACAAUCACGUCUAGCAUUUUGGAUUUGUUACAGCUUUUCCAUCGAGUCGCUCCUUGGUAGCAACUUCACAAUACCCGUGUUUACAAAUGGCUGAAGUAAAUAACAAGAGAAGUCACUCUGACUUCGCUGAAAAGAAUGGCGACGAUGGCUCCUCAGAUGAUGAUAUGGGUCCCCAGUUGCCCUCUACAGCAAGUGCACCCAAGAAGAAACGACGCGUUCUACCACACGAAAAACUCUAUAUCGAAGCGCUACCUAAGUCAGCACGCUACUCGAAAUCUCUUAUGCACAAGGAGCAGUUGGCUUUUUUGAACGUCACGCGAUCUGAUUUUCUCAUUACAACAUCUGCGGAUGGAGUAGUCAAGUUCUGGAAGAAAGUCGAGCAAGGAAUUGAGUUCAUUAAAGAGUUUAAGGCUCACCAGGGCGAAGUACGGUCGGUCUCAGUUAGCCAUGACGGGCGGAGCUUUGCGACAGCCGGUAUCGACAAAACCGUCAAGAUUUUUGAUGUUAUCACUUUCGACCUUCUCGCCAUGCUUCCUCUAGACUACGUCCCUAAGUGCGUCUGUUGGAUACAUAAACUCGGCGCUUCGUUACCGCUCCUAGCUGUCUCGGACGACUCAAAACCGUUGAUUUACAUAUACGAUGGGCGUGGAGAAAACCAGACACCGAUACAUACUAUCAAGGGCCUACAUAGGAGCCCUGUGUCGAUAAUGGCCUUUAAUGACGCCUACGACUGUGUGGUAUCUGCCGACGACAACGGAAUGCUUGAGUACUGGUCGCCAAGCGCCAACUACGAAAAGCCGGCAAAUGUGUUCCAAUACAAGAGCUCUACCAAUCUCUUUGAUUUCAAGAAAGCGAAGUCGACGCCAGUCUCCUUGACGAUAUCACCCUCAGGUCAUCAAUUUGUCACAUUCUCCCUACCUGAUCGUAAGAUCCGAGUUUUUGAAUUUGCGUCGGCUAAACUGUAUCGGACUUAUGACGAAUCUCUGCAGGUCAUUGAAAAGAUGCAACAAGCAGGGACAUCCAUGCAAACGCUAGAUGAUGUCGACUUUGGAAGAAGGCUCGCUGCGGAGCGCGAGAUUGAAACCCCUUCACUUCGAAAUAAGGUCAAUGUCAUUUUUGACGAAUCGGGCCACUUCAUCUUAUAUGGCUCCAUCCUUGGCGUCAAAGUGCUGAACACAUAUACUAACCAAGUUGUGAAGGUUUAUGGGAAAGAUGAACAUAUACGCCCAAUCAACCUUGCUAUAUACCAAGGGCAACCUCAGAAGAAAGGUGUUACAACUGUAGAGAUGGCUGCUUCAAGCAACCCUCUCUUGCAAGAAUCGGAGGCGAGAGACCCGAUACUCUUCAUAACGGCCGUAGGGAAGGUUCGAUUUUAUAUGUUUACGAACGACGAAGAGAUAUCCAGAUCAGAAAGAGAUGUCCAGAACGAGAAGCCAACCAUAAUAAACCCCAAGCAAGCCACUCAGAAAAAGGCUGGUGAGACUGGCACAGCAGCCAUUCUUCAUACAACAUAUGGAGAUAUCCACAUCCGGCUCUUCCCCGAUGCUGCACCGAAGGCCGUCGAGAACUUUGUAACUCACUCCAAACGUGGAUAUUACAACAACACCAUUUUCCACAGAGUAAUACGCAAGUUCAUGAUCCAAGGAGGCGAUCCCUUGGGCGACGGUACGGGUGGCGAGAGUAUAUGGGGGAAGGAAUUUGAGGAUGAGUUCAGCACCCUCAAACACGACAAACCUUAUACCGUCAGUAUGGCCAAUGCUGGACCAAACACCAACGGAAGCCAGUUUUUCAUCACUACAGAGAAGACGCCAUGGCUUGAUAACAAACAUACGAUAUUCGGGAGGGCGGUGCAGGGAUUAGACGUAAUCCAUAAGAUAGAGAACGUACGAACGUACAAGGAGAAGCCCGAGGAGGAUAUCAAGAUCCUCAAUAUCGAUAUAGCCUAAGUAUGUGUGUAUACAACUCGAUAAUACUUAACUUGAGUAUAAUGCCGUCUAUACCUACAUAUAUCACUAAUUAUUUAAUAAAAGGACGGCGCAUCACAGGAUAAAACGAGAAAAACAAGAAGUGAUAUUAUUAUACAAAUCAUACCUAGGUAGGUAUUAAGAACUACCUUAGGUAGGUUAAUUGACUUCAUAGGCGUGUAGGUACCUAUUGCAGCUCUAGUGGCUUCGUUACGUCAUAUAAAUUGUAGUACCACACCGAUUUCAAUAGGUAAUCUGACAUAUUGAACUUUGCAAGUCACAGACCUCGUGAAUCCGGCACUUAGCGUCAUUGGUA